AUGAUAAACCGGUUUCUUUCUGGUACUGUCACUUCUUUCUUCUUUAGUUCGUAGUUUUGAAGAAGAACACAAAUGACUGUAAUCUCUGCUCUUUUCUAACGACAAAGACAAAGAGGGAAACACAUGUCACAUUCACAAAGAAUGAGACGAAGACACAACAGUGACAAAUAUGCAGACAAAGAAGAAUCCCAAGCUCCAACUUCAUCCAAAUCAGAUUCAGACCACACAUCAUUCCUUUGUUCACAAAAACGAGUCUUCGCUCUCUGCUUGGCAUUCCGAAUGGUGAAUUCCGUUUUGGUGCAGACUUAUUUCAACCCCGAUGAACACUGGCAAGGCCCCGAGAUCGCGCAUCGCAUCGCUUUUGGGUACGGUCACUUAACCUGGGAGUGGAAACAAGGUAUCCGAAGCUACUUGCACCCCAUCAUCUUCGUUCCGCUUUAUAGGCUCCUCGCCUUACUGCAUCUUGAUACCCCAUGGCUUAUGAUGAGGGCUCCACGGCUACUGCAGUCUGUAUUCUCUGCAGUUGGUGAUUUAUACUUGUACAAGCUUGCUGCGGUUCUCUUUGGUGAUUCUGUUGCAAAAUGGACACUCUUUUCGCAAUUGUCCAAUUGGUUUAUGUUUUAUUGUUUUUCUCGAACGCUGUCGAAUAGCUUGGAGACUGUUCUUACACUAGUGUCCCUAUACUUUUGGCCCUGCAUGAGACCUUCCAGCAACUGUUCCUUUGUUUCAAGGAAGUGGGGCUUAGCUGUGGCAGCGGUGGCUUGUGCUAUCCGACCAACAAGUGCAAUCACAUGGCUGUAUGUUGGCCUGCUUGAGCUUUUCAAGGCACAUGACAGAUUCAAAUUCAUUUUUUUGGAGGUGGCUCCUAUUGGGAUCCUGGUGCUUGGACUUACCUGCUUAUUAGAUCGUUUCAUGUAUGGCACAUGGAUUCUAGUACCACUUAAUUUUCUAAAAUUCAAUUUUCUUUCUGCGGGAGGAGAUUAUUAUGGAACUCACAAGUGGCACUGGUACUUCACUCAGGGAUUUCCAGUCAUGAUCUUCUCUCACUUACCAUUUUGUAUAGCUGGUAUCAUUUAUUCCAAACAAUGGAAGUUUUCUGGCCUUCUUGCAUGGGUUUUGGGUUUCUACAGUUUAUUAGGCCACAAGGAAUUCAGGUUUGCCUUGCCAGUUCUUCCCAUAGCUCUGAUGUUUUCUGGUUAUUCUUUGGCUGUGAUAGAAGAUCCCGGUUAUGCACAGAAUAAAGGAAAAAAAUCUAUAAAAAAGCAUACGAGAUUUCCUCCCAAUAUGGGAGCUGCUAUCUUAUUUUUGCUUGCUACCAAUAUUCCAAUGGCUUUGUACAUGAGUUUGGUUCAUCAGAGAGGACCCGAGGAUGCCAUGAACCACCUUGCUAGGGAAGCUCUUCAUGGGAAAGUGAAAAGCAUUCUAUUCCUAACGCCUUGCCAUGCCACUCCCUACUAUUCGAUGCUGCAUCAUAACCUGCCAAUGCAAUUUCUCGAUUGCACACCAAGUGAAGAGAAAGGAGUUCCUGAUGAGUCUGACCGUUUCUUGAUGGACCCUAUUCCUUUUGUGUCUGAAUAUGCAAAAAACAAGUCUCUGCCCAGCCACGUUGUUUUAUUUGAUUCUGAAGAACAAAAAUUGAAGAACCUUUUAAUUUCACUUGAUUAUAAAGAGGAAAAAAGAUUUUUUAAUGCUCACUUCAAGGUUGAUCGUGAUCUUCAAGGUUCAAUUGUUGUAUACGUGCGAAUAAGAUAGCAAUAUUCAUCUGAUCUGCAGCAAAUUUGGCAUCGUAACAGUUUGAAUUGUAACUCUGGUAAUUUGGCCCCUCUGAAAUGAAGUUAUGUUAUUUGUUAAUUUAUUGCUCAACAGGAAAUUUUGCAGUUGACAGCUUGGAAAUGGCCUUUCAAUAUAUUUUUAUAGUUGAUCUACAUUUUUCUUAAAAAGAUGAAUUAUCUUUCAGGGAUCUCUUUUCGAGUCAGUUGGACAGAUAAUUCCUGUCAAAGAGAGUAUAUAAUGUUGAAAUAGUAUUUUAUAAUA